AACCAUCACAGUCUCCCCGUACUCCGCGUUCGGCCGGACACCAAUCGUCGCGCGGGACACCAGAAAAUUCCGCGAUGACCGCGUAUAAUGUCAUGCGGAAAUGGAAUUUGAAAUUUUCGGGAACUCGAGGGGAAGAUGCCGAGACGUUUUUAAUGCGAAUUGAGGAAGGUCGCGAUUUAGUGCCGGUCGCGGAUGAGGACAUUCUCCGCUGUUUGCCAUUCUUUUUGUCUGGUAUCGCGCUACAUUGGUUCCGCGGUAAACGCAAUCGAUUAACUACGUGGGCGACUUUUAAAUCCGCGUGGCGUACGCGCUUCGGGGACCCCGAUUUCCAAUUCGCUCUUCGCGACGAAAUAAUAAGGCGAACCCAGGGGGAACAAGAGUCCGUGGCGGAUUAUAUCACAUGUCUACGGGCGAUGUUCGACCGGUUGGCACCACCCUGGAGCGACGCCGAGCAAGUUAGCUACGCGUUCCGCAAUUUGUUGCCGCGUUUACAGAUCGCCAUGCGCCGGGACGAGGUGGAAGAUCUCGACGCGUUGGAGGACGUCGCGACUCGCGUGGAAGGCAGCCACCAAUUAGCGCACCGCUAUCGAGCGCCGCCGACACCCGAAAAAUCAUUAUUUCCCGAUUUAGCGUAUCGAUCUCCGCGAAAUGCUAGUCGUCACGCGAAUCGGCACGAUACAAUCGCUGCGCUGAAUACCUCCGCUAGCUCCACGGAUUCGGGGGCCGGAUCGCGAAAGGAGAAGCGACGAAGGGACCGCGCCGCGAACACUUCGACGUCGGAGACGGGAUCUACGGCUUUGAGUUCGUCAUCGACAAGAUCCACACCGACGGGAACACGACCGUCGCGCGUCUCUACAGCAAAGUGUUGGAAUUGUGAUGGCAUCGGUCAUCUCUCGCGAGAUUGUGAGGCCGCGCCGCGAAAGCAUUGUUAUCGUUGCGGUCGCGCCGAAGUAACAUUACGUACGUGCCCCGACUGUACGGGAAACGGGUAGAGGAGUCGAUUCGCGGGGGAAACCCGACUCCUAUUUUAAACAAACCCCCUAUUCGUGUCGUGUCAAAUAAGUGUGAAUUUUCGUAUAGUGCGUUUGGUUGUCGUGAUGAAUCGUCGUUAUUGUUUUUACGUGUCGGAAUAUUAGGGAAGGAAGUCCUCGCGUUAUUGGAUUCAGGAUCGAGUCGUACGUUUCUCGGACCAUCAACGGUCGAGUUGGUGAAAGAAUUAGAGUUGCGGUUUAGAAGUUCGGACGGCAAACGCGUAACAACGGCUACGGGUCAAACCACGCGAAUAAAGGGGGAGAUCGAAAUUCCCAUUAUGCUCCAUCAUCGAGUAAAAUCAUUAAAAGUCU